CGUUGCUGAGAGUGGAGCUGAGGUUGAUUGGUUCAAUAACUGCGACUCAUACUUUCACUUUUCCUUCCUCAACUCUACUGAUCCGUUCAUAGUUCCCGUGGAACAGCUAGCUAAACGUCGAUCUUCCCCACUCCCUCAAACCAGCUAUUGUAUCACGUUUUAUCUCUACUCGAGGUGAUUCCAUUAUUCAGAAAUAAAGAAUUGUUUAUCCCACCUACAGAAAGCUGGAAACACGUGGGGUGAGGUGCGUGGAGACGUUGUCAAGCACACGGCACGUGACUACAACAAAGUGACUUGAAAUGGCACGCACAGUUGUCAGUUUUAGAUCUCUGGCGGUGGCUUUAGGCGUAAUUCUUCUUGUCCCAAAUCUCGACGCUCGACACCGAUUCCGACACGGGCACCAUAGAGGUCAUCACAGUUUCUUCAGUCCACAAAAUAUCAGUGUGGGCCUCGAGACUCCUGCUGAAGAGUCUGGACCAUGGGGUCCUUGGUCCGAGAGUAGUCUGUGUUCUCGAAGUUGUGGGGGUGGGGUCGCCUUUCAACUCAGAACUUGCACAGACCUGAGUAUUACAGGCACUCACUCCUGUGUGGGACCGUCGAAACGAUUCUUCAGCUGCAAUAUACAGGAUUGUCCAGAAGGGUCUCGCAAUUUUCGUGAGGAACAAUGUUCCAGUUUUAACUCACUUCCAUUUGAAAACAAGUACUACACCUGGGUUCCGUAUUUCAAAGAAUCUAGUCCGUGCGAGCUCAACUGCAAACCAGAAGGAGAGCGAUUUUAUUAUCGUUAUGGCAGAAAGGUCAUUGAUGGCACCCCCUGCUAUAACGACGGAUCGCGGGAUAUAUGUGUGGAUGGAUUGUGUAUGCCAGUUGGGUGUGACAAAAUUCUCGGAUCGAAAGCUAAAGAAGACAAAUGCCGAAAAUGUGGAGGAGACGGAAGCAGUUGUAGAACAGUGGAAGGAUUCGUCAGUAACGAUAACUUACGAGUAGGUUAUAAUGACAUCAUUCUUAUUCCGAUGGGUUCAACUAACAUCAAAGUAAGAGAGAAGAAGCCAACAAACAAUUAUCUAGCGGUUCGAAACAUGACUGGUCAGUUUUAUCUCAAUGGAAACUGGAAAAUAGUGUUUCCCAGCAGACUGAAAUUUGCCGGAACAGUGUUUCAUUACGAACGUAAAUCCUUUGGGUACCUCUCCCCAGAAUAUUUGUGGGCACAUGGCCCAACCACGGAACCAAUUUUUAUUGUGCUGUUAUACCAAGAGAAAAAUCCUGGUAUCUCUUAUGAAUAUUCUGUACCGAGAGAUGUGAGCAACCCCCACACCGAUACAUAUUCCUGGACUUUCGAGGACUUUGGCCCCUGUUCUAGAACUUGCGGUGGAGGUAUUCAGAUAGGAUCAGUCAAGUGUGUUCGGAAUAACGGGUUGGAAACAGUCCCGGAAUUUUUAUGUGACCCACUUUUGAAACCUGUUACCAAUCGCACAUGUAAUAAAGAGGCGUGUCCUGCAAAUUGGUUUGUAGAAAAACAAGGUAAUUGCUCCAGACCAUGUGGAAUAGGCGUGCAGUUUCGUGUUGUUUAUUGUCAACAACUUACACUAAAUGGAGUUAUCCUCGUUCCUGACGAUAAAUGUGAACAGGAAGUGGGUGCUAAACCUAGUUAUUUUCAACAAUGCACGACUGGAAAAAAAUGUCCAGUGUGGAAUGCUGGACCUUGGACUGCGUGCAAUAAAAUCUGUGGAAAUGGCACUCAGACCAGAUCAGUAACAUGCCAAAGAAACAAAGAAGUACUGGAAGAUUCUCAGUGUGAUUCUGAUAGCCGACCAAUCUCCAGCCAGCCUUGCAAUCUGGGGCCAUGUGAAGGUGUGGAGUGGAUUCUUUCAGAAUGGAGUGGGUGUGACCAAUCUUGUGGACUAACAUUGGAGUCUCGUGAAGCUCACUGUGCUAAUCACAAAGGUAAAGUUUUCCCUGAUGAAAUGUGUGACAAAAAUAAACUCUCUGAACUUAGUCGCCCUUGCACUGAUUCUCCACCAUGUGACUCUCUGUGGUUUGCUUCAGAGUGGAGUCAAUGCUCUGCUAAAUGUGGAGUAGGGGCUCAGAGUCGAACUGUUUUCUGUGGCUACUGGAAAGAUGAUGUUGUAGUUAAAGCUCCUGAAAACCAAUGUAACCUUAUGAACAAAUAUGCAACAACUCGCAACUGUACAGGACCACCAUGCAAAGCACUUUGGUUUACUGGACCAUGGAAUAGGUGUUCUGUACCUUGUGGUGGUGGAUAUCGAACCAGGAGGAUACUCUGCAUUAGUGAAGAAGACAUUGUUUCUUCCAAGAACUGUGAUGCAGGACUGCGACCUUAUGAUAAAGAACCUUGCAAGAUGCAUCCCUGUGAUGAAGAUGAGAUUAUAAUGACUGGAGGUUGCAGGAAGACCAAACAUGGCUGCUGUCCUGAUGGAGUUACCCCAGCUGGACCAAACUUUUCAAGUUGCCCUAAACUUUCUCUUCCUGAAGGUGGUUGUGAAACAACUGAAUUUGGUUGUUGUAAAGAUGGUAUAACUCCUGCUCUUGGACCUUUUAAGGAAGGUUGUCAAAUAGUGAACACUUGUAAUGGAACAAAGUUUGGCUGUUGUCCUGAUGGACUAACACCUGCCAAAAGUGAAAGAGGAAAAGGUUGUCCAGGUACUGAAGGAUGCAAGGAUUCAGUGUUUGGAUGUUGCCAUGAUGGUCAGACACCUGCAUCAGAUGAAACUCACUCAGGAUGCCCUAAUAAGACAAAAUGCCAAGAUUCUUUUUAUGGUUGCUGCCCAGAUGGAGUAACAUUUGCUAAAGAUAGAAAUCUCACUGGUUGUAAAGAAGCUCAAUUUAUUGAAUGCCAAAUGUCAGACUAUGGGUGUUGUCCAGAUAACAUUACCAGUGCUCUAGGUCCUAAUUUUAUUGGAUGUGAUAACCUUCCUUCAGAUGAGAUGUGUGACAUUUCCCCCUAUGGUUGUUGUCCGGAUGGUAUAACUCUAGCAUCAGGAACUGGGAAUGAAGGCUGUCCAGAAAUUGACACUCCCAUGAGUGUACUUGAUGAUAUAGAAGGAUCUGGUGAUUGUGAAGGAACUGAAUAUGGAUGUUGCUCCGAUGGCAUAACAAUAGCACAAGGACCAGGGUUUGAUGGAUGUGAUGAUAUUCAAGGGAGUGGGGAACCAGAGGCAUGUGUAGAUAGCUUGUAUGGGUGCUGUCCUGACAAUGUGACCACAGCUAAAGGACCAAAUCAAGAUGGUUGUCUGAAGUUAAAUGUUACAGAAAGUCCCAUUGUAUGCAUGGAAACACAGUUUGGUUGUUGCUCUGACAAUAUAACGAUAGCUGAGGGACCAGAUGGAGAAGGUUGUAAAGACUUGAACAUCACAGUUGCCCCUGUCAGUUGUACAGAAACUGUAUUUGGUUGUUGUCCUGAUAAUGUUACAACUGCUGAGGGACCAGAUGGAGAAGGUUGUGAAGAACUGAACAUUACAGUUGCCACUAUCAGGUGUACAGAAACUGUAUUUGGUUGUUGUCCUGAUAAUGUUACAACUGCUGAGGGCCCAGAUGGAGAAGGAUGUAAAGAAUUGAACAUGACAGUUGCCCUUGUCAGUUGUAUAGAAACUGUAUUUGGAUGUUGUCCUGAUAAUGUUACAACUGCUGAGGGACCAGAUGGAGAAGGUUGUGAGGAGUUGAACAUUACAGUAGGCCCUGUCAGUUGCACAGAAACUGUAUUUGGUUGUUGUCCUGAUAAUAUAUCAUCAGCAACAGGUCCUGAUAUGGAGGGUUGUGAAGUUUUGAAGCCUACAGAAUUUGACUUUCUUUGUUUAUUCUCCACAUUUGGAUGUUGUCCUGAUGGUUUCACUUUUGCUGAAGGUCCAGAGAACCAAGGGUGUUGUCUAGUAACUGAAUACGGCUGUUGCCAAGAUGAUAUUACACCUGCACAGGGACCAGCUUUAGAAGGCUGUGAAAAAGUGGACCAUACUGAACAACCAGACAAAGGGAUUAUAUCAGACUGUUCAACACUUCCAUUUGGUUGCUGCUCUGAUGGCAUUUCUCCUUCUCAAGGACCAAAUAAUGAAGGCUGUUGUUUCACAUCCCAGUUUGGAUGUUGUCCAGAUAAUUUCACUGCUGCUACAGGACCAGAAAACCUUGGUUGUGGCUGUCACACUUUCCCUCAAGGAUGUUGCCCAGAUAAUCUCACUUUUGCAAUGGGACCAGAAAACCUUGGUUGUGGCUGCCAUACAUUUCCUUAUGGAUGUUGUCCUGAUGAAUUAACUCCAGCAUCAGGCCCUAGGUACAUUGGAUGUACUUGUAAAGAAUAUCCCUUUGGAUGCUGCCAGGAUGGUUACUUUCCAGCUAGUGGUUCAAACUUUGAAGGUUGUGUAUGUGAUAACUUACGGUACGGUUGCUGUGAUGAUGGUGUCACUCCAGCCACUGGACCUGAUAAAGAAGGUUGUGGCUGUGAUAACCUACUGUAUGGUUGCUGUGUUGAUGGUGUCACUCCAGCCACUGGACCUGAUGAAGAAGGUUGUGGCUGUGAUAAUCUACUGUAUGGUUGCUGUGAUGAUGGUGUCACUCCAGCCACUGGACCUGAUAAAGAAGGUUGUGGUUGUCAAACCACUGAGUAUGGAUGCUGUCCUGAUAACACAAGUGUUGCUACUGGUACUCAAUAUCAGGGUUGUGCUUGUGACCUCCUACAAUAUGGAUGCUGUCCAGAUAGAAAAACUCCAGCUGAAGGACCAAAUUAUCAAGGUUGUGCUUGUUCUACAAUGCCUUAUGGAUGCUGUUCAGAUGGUAUAACAGUGGCUAAAGGACCAAAUUAUGAAGGUUGUUCCUGUGUGGACACACUGUUUGGUUGUUGUCCUGAUGGUACACUCAUAGCCAGUGGACCUAAUUUUGAAGGAUGCCCCAAAAGUCCCAGAAUUGACCCUGAAGUCACUGGAGGAGUUUGCAAGCUACCUAAGGAGCUUGGACCAUGCCGUGAUUACACUGUUAAGUGGUUCUUUGACAUGGAAUAUGGUGGGUGCUCCAGGUUCUGGUUUGGGGGAUGUGAGGGCAAUGGAAAUCGAUUCAAUUCAGAAGAAGACUGUAAAAAGAUUUGUGUUGAUCCAAAAGGAGCAGAUGCCUGCACUUUACCCAAAGUUCAAGGGUCAUGUGAUGCUCCAUAUAAAGCAUGGUAUUUCAACGUAGAAACAAGGCAGUGUGAAGCAUUUAACUACAGUGGUUGCCUUGGUAACAAUAACAGAUACAUUAGUAGGGAAAUUUGCGAAGAAACAUGUAUCACUCAGGAUUUUCUUGAUGUUUGUGAGCAGCCUUUAGUUGUUGGACCAUGUAGGGGUUCUUUCUCACGAUGGUACUAUGAUAGGUUUGAUGGUCGAUGUAAACAGUUCACAUAUGGAGGAUGCAAAGGAAAUGAAAAUAACUUUGUAACUGAAAGUCAGUGUCAACAAAGAUGUUCUACACUUGGUGCCAAAGAAAUUUGUGUACUGCCUAAAGCAGAAGGCCCAUGCCGUGGGAAGUUGGUUCGUUGGUAUUAUGAUUUCAUGUCAGAACAAUGUAAAGAGUUUUCUUACAGCGGUUGUCAGGGCAACCGAAAUCGCUUUCCUAGCAGAGAACAGUGUGAAAACAUCUGUAAUGUAACAAAAAUAUCAGUUUCCAGCGAUAUCUGCUCCUUAACCAAGUCUUCUGGACCUUGUGGAGCAUUCUUGAUUUACUGGUACUUCAACUCUCAAACUCGCCGUUGUGAACAGUUUUAUUAUGGAGGGUGCGAGGGAAAUGCUAAUCGGUUUGAGAAUAGACGAGAUUGUGAACACACUUGUUUAGCUUCUGGUGGGAGAGAUGUAUGUAUAUUGCCCAAAGAGAUUGGUAACUGUUAUGAAUUUGAAGAUCGGUGGUUCUAUGAUGCAGAAGAAGGUGAAUGCCGUAGAUUCUAUUACAGUGGCUGUGGUGGAAACAAUAAUAAUUUUGAAUCUUUAUUGAAAUGCCAAGAAAGGUGUGGAAAACCAACUGUUACAGAACUUCCACCUGAGAAAUUCAGAACUGAGUUUUGCUUCUUGGAUCAAGAUUCAGGGCCAUGCUCAGAGGUGGAGCUCAGGUUUUUCUAUGAUAAAAAUGAUGGAGUGUGUAAGGAGUUUCGAUAUGGUGGUUGUCAAGGCAAUGAAAAUAAUUAUAGAACUAGGUCUGAAUGUGAAAGUAAAUGUGGAAACUCUCAGAAUAUUUGCCUACUUCCAAAAAUAAAAGGACCAUGUCAAGGAGUUUUCUCACAGUGGUAUUAUGACAGUAGGUCUGAUCAGUGCUUUGAAUUUACAUAUGGUGGAUGUGAAGGAAAUUCCAAUAGGUUUAACAGCCGAGAGAGCUGUGAAGACAGUUGUAAACAACACACUUCUCAACCAACUCUUCCCACAACACUUCCUGUGCAACCAGAAACGACUACCAAAGCUGUCACAAUAAAAAUGGAUCUCCCCAAAGAUGUGUGUGCUCAGCCUCGUGAUAAGGGAUCUUGCAGAGACUUCAUUCCACAGUGGUACUAUGAUGCUAGAAACAACAUCUGCAAACGAUUCAUAUAUGGAGGUUGUGAAGGAAAUAACAAUCGCUUUAAAGACCGAAGUGAUUGUGAACUUCGCUGUGUGAAAAAGCCAAUAGAAGAAAAACCUUUCCCAGAAAAACCUACUGCAAUUACCAAUGCAGAUGUCUGUUCAUUGUCUGUUGAUCCUGGGACCUGUGAUGAAUCUUUACCUCGUUGGUUUUUUGACCCAAAAAGUCAACAGUGUUUGCCUUUUGUUUAUAGUGGUUGUGAAGGGAACAAAAACCGCUUCAAAUCAUAUCACUUUUGUAUGAAAUUUUGCACUGGAAGUGCUCCGGUUCCGGAUGAUGACACAACUGUCAGUAAAGAACAUGAUUCGUCCACAACUCUGCAAUCAAAUGAACUUGGCUGUCCUACCACAAACUGUGGUCAGCUCCAGUGUCCAUAUGGAAUAGAUGAAUAUCAUGAUCAACAAGGCUGCACCUUCUGUCGGUGCUUCAACCCUUGCCAGGUACAUAGCUGUGAAGAAGGUGAACGCUGUGUUGUUAGAGUUUAUUACAAUGAAAAUGAUGAUCUCAGUCCAAAAGCUGUCUGCCGAAAAAUGCUUAAGCCUGGUGAGUGUCCACAUUCAGAUAGUUUCCUGUCAGAUGAACCAUUCAAGAUAUUCAGAGGAGACUGCAGGAAUUACUGUCAUGAUGAUGCAGACUGUCUUGGUGACAACAAGUGUUGCUUUAAUGGAUGUGCCAACAUCUGUGUAGAACCAGUCUUAACAACAACAGCUAUUCCAACCACAACAGAACCACCACCUCGAGAAGAAAUCGUGAAAUCAGGAUUUCCAGUUGUCCUAAGUUGCUUGGACCAAAGUGUAGUGACUUCUGUUGUGCAGUGGACAAAGGACAACCUACCAGUAGAUUUUAUAACAGAGAGAUUACAACUUCUUUCAAAUGGAUCUCUCCAAAUCAACUCUGCGAAAAUUGAAGAUACAGGGUUGUAUAAAUGUAAAUCACCAAUUGAACAGGAUGGUCAUUUGUUUCAUUCAAUCAAUCUGAUUGUUCAAGAAAGUGUCAAUGUUACGGUAAGUAUUGCUUCAAGAGAAUAUAAAACAGGUUCUCUUCUUCAAUUAGACUGCAAAAUUAUAGGUGCAGAAGAUGCUUCUGUCAGGUGGACCUUUGGUAGCGACAAUACUCCAAUACAGAGUAACCAUCAGUUACAGAUUCUCAGCAACUACUCCUUGCUUAUUUCAAGUGCUCAACAUAGUGACAGUGGAACAUACAGUUGUAUCGCAACCACCAAAUACAGUGAAACUUCCGAUUCUAUCUCUGUCAUCAUUGAAGAUGUCUAUGUACCACCAGAAUGUACUGAUGAUCCCCAGUUUUCCAGCUGUGAAAUAAUAGUUCAGGCUAAGUACUGUACAAACCCUUAUUACGGCAAGUACUGCUGUCGGUCAUGUCGACUGUCAGGACAACUUCCAGCCAAGUUUACCUCACUUUAUGUAUAACUUCCAUCUGAAUGAUGUUAAGCCUUUUUAUUACAUUUGCUGGAUUUACUUUCCCUUGCAUUUUGACAGAGCUUCUCGACACUUCCUGUUUAGCUUGAUGUAAGUGCCUUAGGUAGAAAGUGUUUGGCUGUCAGACCUGUUGCAUGUGUAAAGCAGAUCCAAGCUUUGAAUACAUGCUGCAUAAAGAUAAGAACAUAAUGGUCAGAAUUUGGAAAUGGUAGAUUGAUAUUUAGCUUUUAAAACAAAUAUAAGUAAACAAUAAGUUUGGUCAACUCGAUUUCAUAUAGAAAAGGACCACCACUUCUGAAGUUCUUUGAAUCACAAACACUGAAAAAUUGCAGCUUAAAAAGGAAACAAUUUCAUGUUUAGAUAAUUUGUUAUUUUGGCUACCUACAUAUAUGUUUUGUCCAAGAUUUUGCCUAUACAUGGAUUUGUUAAUAUAUAUAUUAGUUUCUUAGUUUUUUAAUCUUGUUUACCUUUUUACUUCCACUCCACUUGAGUGCCAUAUUUUUUUACACACAAAUCACUAAAUGAGGUAUUUGCUACCAGAGGUGUUUUUCAGUCAGUAACUUUUCCUUGCUGUUUUUGAAGGCUCAUGUACUGUAAGAAUGUGCUUUUUUAAAUUAUUUGUUUGAUUUUAUGCCACAGGAAUGAAUAUAUUUUGUUUAGUGGUUUGAUAUAUAGUUGUCAAAAGUCUUUUAAAUGAUUUGCACUUUGUCAUUAUAAUUUUUAUAUCUUUAAAACUACUUACAUGCAUAUUUUCUGUUGUUCAUGCUAGAAUUGUUUAUUUGUUGAGCAUGAAUCCACAGUUUCAUAAAGAAAGGUUGCCAUGGCAUGUCAGAACACUCCCCUCCCAAAAUAAAAGUAUUCUUUGGUUGGUGUUUCUAAAUGUAUGUCUUUAUGCAAUUUUAUGGGGUGAUAUUGUACUUGUGGCUCUGAAUAUGUUCAGUGUUGUGUAAUUUCUAAUAAACUUUUUGCUGUUAUAACAGGUUAGAUAUGCAAGUAAUAAGUAGUCUCUUUUUACAGUUUGAAAUUGUUUGUAUUGUCAUCAUUGGUUUUAUAAUCUUAAGCAUGGACAUGGACUUUUUUAAAACAAAUGAAAUAAGGCACCGAGUCUGAUUUUCUGAUGUCACAUUCAUAAUCAUAUUUUUGAGAAAGGCUGUUGAGUAAAUAAUUUAAUACUUGAAGUAUGGAUUUAUUUCUUUAUUUAUUACCCAAACAUGUUAUGUUUUUUUUUACAUCAUACUUUUUUUCUUUAAAAAAGAAUUCCAAAAAUGAGGAUUCAUAGCUAAGCCUAAGUUAUUAAAAUAAAACACCUUUUAGGGCCACAUCCAUUAUUAUCUCAACCAUUACAGGUAAAAUGUCAGCUGAAAUGUAAUGGCUAUACAACACAUUACCUCAGCAUGAUCUACAAUGUGAACUCAUGAACAGACUGAAAUAAUUUUAGCAUGGACUUUCAGAAAACUCAUCAGUAAUAUAUCACUUACUAAAUGAAAACUUUAAAUUAGAAAGGCAAAUAAAAUAUGUUUAGAUACUCAAUUAAAAAGUCGUGCUGAACCAACGCCAUCAUAUAAUGUUAUUUCAUAGUUAGUAAGAAGUGUUUUUUCAAUUUGCUUCUUCUUAUAGUAGCCAGUAUUGUCUAAGUAUUGUGUACUGUAUCCUGUGUGGACCAACUCUAGAAAGUAAUAAAUUAUUUUAUUGACUUA